AAAACUGACAUAAAGAAUGCCUUUAACACCAUCAAGAGGUCUUCUUUGCACAAGGAAGUUUUAUCAAAAUUUCCAGCCAUCUUGGCCCAUUUUGAGCAAAUGUAUGGAAAUUCCAGCCCUCUCGUGUAUGUCAAGGGAAAGGAAACGGUGAUCAUAUCUUCUGAAGAAGGUGUGCACCAAGGUGACCCCCUGGGGCCUGUCCUAUUUGCCUUAGGAAUUCACCCUACAAUCACCAAAAUUCAAGCUGACUACCCGGAAAUAGUAGUCUUAGCCUACCUGGAUGACAUCUUUUUGCUCGGCAAUGAGGGGCCUGUACUUGAUUCCUUUGCUAAUCUGAAGCUUUCAUUGGCUGAAGAAUCUGGUUUACUGAUUGCUGAUCAAAAGUGUCAAAUCUACUCUCCAGGGUCCACUGAAAUUUUGGCUCCUUUUCCCAGAGCCGUGGAAGGAUCUGUGUUACUGGGGACACCCAUUGGGAGAUUCGACUUUGUUGCAUCACAGUGCAUCGAGUUCGCCAAGUCAGGCAGCUUGCUUUGCCAAGAGAUUGUGUCGCUGGAUGACCCUCAGAGCUCCAUGCUCCUUUUGAGGCACUGCCACACAACUCGCAUGAAUCAUUUGACAAGAACAGUUCCUCCUUCCUUACUCAAGCCUGCGGCAACCAUCCAUGAUAGCAUAACGCAUGCGUCCUUUAGUCACAUCAUAGGUGUCACCAAUACAUCUGAGGCUCAAUGGUCGCAAGCCAUCCUGCCCAUAAGAAAAGGGGGAUUCGGAAUGACUUCAGUCGAAAAAAUUUCACCUGCAUCUUUCCUAGCAGGUUGGGUACACUCAUCAGCAAUACUGCCGAAAAGAUUCUCAUAUAUCUGGGAAAGCUCACAGUCAAUAUUAGACAAUCUGGGCGCAACUGGACAGAAUCUAAAAGAUGCUAAGCAGCAUAUCGAUUCUCUCUUGGCGGGCACGCCAAGCACCCUUGGAGGGGUUUGCUUCACUGACUUAACCGAUCAGCCCAUCAAGCUACAACAUCGCAUCACGGACGAGUUAUCUACAACUAGUCUUCAACACCUUCUGGAUCAAUCUCAGGAUCAACAUCAGGCUGCUCGUCUAAGGUCGAUUCAAGGUCCUGGAUGUGGCUCAUGGCUAGAGGCAGCACCUUCCUCAGAUAGGCUUGCAUUUAAGCCUUCCGAAUUUCGGUUAGCGGCUCUUCUGAGGCUGGGAUGCCCAAUGCCCUUCAAGUCCCUGGCACCUAUUUGUGAGUGUGGGAAAGAAGCAGAUGAUUAUGGAUACCAUUUCUUGACCUGCAAACACGGGGGUGGACCUGUAUGGCAACAUGACAGUGUCGUAGCAGGCUGGUGCGAGUGCCUCAAGGAGGUGGGUCUUCACCACAGAAAAGAAGUGCGAGACAGGUACACAAACAAUAGUAAUCGACCGGACAUUGUGGUUUUCGAUGCUGGAGAUGGUUCUAACAUUGACCUUGAUAUUUCACUCUCCCACCCUUGGAGCUGCGAAGCUUUUCCCAGGUCGAGUAGUGAAAGUGGAUGUGCUGCAUCCAGAAGAGAAGAAAAGAAGAAGGCCAAAUACUUAAAAGAUCUUUUACCUGGAGGUUCCACCCCUAACUUUGCGCCGUUAGUCUUUGAACAUUUCGGUCACUGGGGGAAUACUGCGACAGACUACCUGAACACUUUGUCAUUGCGAUCAAGGGACAGCGACGGAAAAUGCAACAAGGCUGAAUUCCGUUCCUACUGGAGAAAAAAAUUGAGUGUAAUCCUACAGAGAUGCAAUGCUAAAGUCUUGCUGAAGAAGAUUGACAGACUUCAUUUACAAAGUUCUAGUGCUGAUAUAGCUUUAGACUGCGAACUUCAAAGUAGCAUUCAUUAGUGGGUUUUAGAUUUCAGUAGCGACUAUUAUGUUUCGACUUCCUAUGAUGUACGUAGUGCCUUGUAUGUUCAAUAAAUGAUCUUUGUCAGUCA